CAAAUAACUUAGGAUGAUAGUGAAAUUAGUCACCAUCAAAGACAAAAUCAAGUUGGCAAACUUGAAAUUGAGUCCUAACAAAAAGAUAUUAACUUGUCUCCAUAAAUGGUUAAUGGAUAAGAAUGGGGGCCACAGAGUUAACCAGAGAGACAGAGAGAGACUUUCGACACCUUACACCCAUGGCUGCCAAACACAUGUUUAGGAUUCUUUUCUUUAUAUACCUAAAAAUGAUCAAAACUUUUCUUCAAAAUAUCACUAGCAGAUUUUUCUUCUUCCUGUCUUGUCUGCAAAAGAAAAGAAAAGAAAAAAAAUUAAAAAUGGCGACUUUUGAGGAAAGCUCUGAUUUGGAGGUUAUGCAGAAGCAUCUCUUUGAAGACUUGAUGAUCCCUGAUGAUUUCAUGGAAGAUUUUGUCUUUGAUGAUGCUGCUUUUGUCUCAGGACUCUGGUCUCUAGAACCUUUAAACCCAGUUCCUAAAAUGGAACCCAGUUCACCGGUUCUUGAUCCAGAUUCCUAUGUCCGACAAUUUCUGCAAACGGAAGCAGAAUCAUCAUCAACAACAACAUCUACUGAGUUUGAGACUGUCUCAGACCGGAAAAGACCAAAGAGGUUCGAAGAGACAAGACAUUACAGAGGCGUGAGAAGGCGGCCAUGGGGGAAAUUUGCAGCAGAGAUUCGAGAUCCGGCGAAGAAAGGAUCCAGGAUUUGGUUAGGCACUUUUGAGAGUGAUAUUGAUGCUGCAAGAGCCUAUGACUAUGCAGCUUUUAAGCUCAGGGGAAGAAAAGCUGUGCUCAACUUUCCUUUGGAUGCCGGAAAGUAUGAUGCUCCGGUCAACUCAUGCCGGAAGAGGAGGAGAAGUGAUGUACCGGAGCCUCAAGGAACAACUACGAGUAAUUCAUCAUCGUCAUCGAACUAAUGGGACUAGUAAUGCUUAUAUCUAUUUAGUAUAGGUAAAGUAUUCAAGUAUGUGAAGAAUGAUGUAUAGAGCCAAGAAAAUGUUAGAUUAGUAUAGUGAAAAAGUCUUGCAAAAUAUGUACUGAAGAGUUCCUGUAACAAUGGAACUUGUGUGUUUUGUCACGUCCUAAAGAGAUGGAAACAAAGUUCUGUCUAAGAAUGGUUUCAAAA